AAAGUAUAUAAAGCUGACCAGAAAAACAACAUGACUGACCACGACGAAGAUGUCGUAGAUUUGACGAUAUCGUUUACAUUAGCAGAUCAUUGCAACUUAGCUAAUGAAGUGAUAGUAAUAGAUACAGAUGACUCUUUUGAAGCCAGCAAUGUACGUGCAAAAAAAUCUAACAAACCUAAAAAAUCGCUUAGAGCCCGUAAAUCUUCAGCUAAUACUACGACGUCGCCCAAUGAAAAGUGUGUUGCAAACAUGAAAAGAAAAUCAAAUCAAAUUGGUAGUUGUCCUAUUUGUUGGGAAGAACUGGGAAAAAACCCACUGGUUUCAACAAAAUGUGGGCAUGUUUUUUGUCUUAAAUGUCUUGAAAGGUCUUUAAAAGUUGAAAAAAGGUGUCCGAACUGCAGGAUUGUACUGAAAGGAGCCUCUGCAUACCAUCGCCUAUAUUUAAGUGUAUGAUAAAAUAACUAAUCUAUUUUAUAUUAAACUUACCUCUAAAUAAGAAUAUGUAAAUAAGUAAAUAAUAUUCAGUUAUUUAUGUUAAAAGAUUGUAAUCUGUAUUAAUCUAUUGAACAGUACCACAUAGUAAAAUAUUAAGUAUU